CAUCUAGCAAUCACUUUAACGUAUGUCUUGACUCAAGCAGCAUUCAUAUCUGCUUUUGUCAAGUUAUGAUGGACCCGAACAUUUUCACCAUGUUAUGCAUCUUUUGUGCAUCUCAGUCAGUGAUGGCCUUUAACAUUGAUCCUUCUUCUUGGAAAGUCUUCACUCAACCGCAGAGUGUAUCCUUCGGCUAUAAGGUUAUACAGAAAGACGAAUCGAGUCUGAUCGUGAGUAAUCCUUUAAUUCAAAUCAGUCCGACUCAGAGAGGAUGGAUUUAUAGCUGUUUGGUCACAGACGGAAGCUGCUCAUCACUGAACAUUAAUGUGCCUUCAGAAGCUGUCAGCAUGUCUCUUGGACUCUCCAUGGUUAAAGAUUCAAAAUCUUCAAAGAUGGCAGUUUGUGGUCCAACUAUUCCAAAGAAAUGUGCAUCAGCUACCAACUACAGAGGCAUGUGCUUUAUAAGUGAAGACAAUGUGUUCAAAGCACCAAUACCAAGCUCUAUAUACAGAGACUGUCUUGGUCAGAUCGACAUAGCCUUUCUAUUAGAUGGAUCGGGAAGUGUAGGGUGGCAAAAUUUUGGAAUCAUGAAGACUUUUGUGACAAAUGUGAUCAAACGUUUUACUGAGCGGGACGCACAGUUUGCCAUUGCACAGUACUCCAAUAGAUGUUAUAUUCAUUACAAUUUCAAUGAACUCAAAACUGAAGACAGCACUUGGGAGAAUAAAGUGACAAGUAUACAAUACAUUUCAGGUGGCACUUUCACUGCAUCUGCCAUCCAAAAGCUUCUGAAUGAGCUAUUCAUACCAGCUGGAGGGGCAAGACCAUCAGCCAAAAAAAUCUUGCUUGUUAUUACUGAUGGGGAGUCACAUGACAGGAACUUAUUGCCAUCUGUAGCAUCACAAGCACAGGCAAAGAACAUAGUACGAUUUGCCAUCGGGGUUGGCAAUGCUUUUAACAAUUACAACGCAAAAGAGGAGUUGAAUACAAUCGCUUCUGAUCCUGAUACAGAUUAUGUGUUUAAAGUCACAGACUUCAAUGCACUAAAUAAUAUUCUUCAAAAAUUGGAAGAGAAUAUUAUUGCUAUUGAAGGAACUCAAACCUCAGGUGACUCCUCUAGAAUGGAGUUUGCACAGGAGGGAUUCAGCACAGCUUUCACAUCAUAUGGAAGUGUGUUAAUGAGUGCUGUGGGAGCCUUCCAGUGGAAAGGUGGAUUUCAGGAAUUUCCAAGCUAUUCCUUUUAUACAGGCAGUAAUCAUGAAAGCUAUCUAGGUUAUUCAAUGGUUGUUGCAACAGUGUCAAGCAUCAACUAUGCUAUUCUAGGAGCUCCAAGAUACAAUCAUCAAGGACAAGUCAUUGUUUCACAAAUAAGCGCCAAUGCUGAUAAACUGCUGGACUCUCCCAAGCCUCAGAUUGGUUCAUAUUUUGGUGCCGAGGUUUGUGUGUUGGAUUUAAACAGUGAUUCCAAUACAGACCUUCUCUUAAUAUCUGCACCAACGUACAUAGAGCCUGACCGGGAGGGCAAAGUGUUUGUUUACAUCUUCACGAGUCAGUUCAUUUUUUCUGGUGUGGUCCUGAUGGGAAUGGUAGGUCAGAGGGGUCGGUUUGGCUCUUCUCUGGCCAGUCCAGCAGAUCUGAAUGGUGAUGGUUUCAGGGAUGUGCUGAUUGGAGCUCCUUUAGAGGAGGAUGGACAGGGCAGCAUCUACGUCUUCAAUGGAGGAGUAGAGCAAAUAAAUCCCACAUAUUCACAGAGGAUUACUGGAUCAUCUGUGCAACCAGGUUUGCAGUACUUUGGGAUUUCAUUGAGCCAGUCUUCUCUAGACCAGACUAAAGACAGCCUUCCUGACAUUGCUGUUGGGUCCAUGGGAGCGGUUCUGCUUCUCAGGUCCAGACCCAUCAUGCUCCUGAACACCAAAGUAACUUACAACCCAUCCAAAAUACCAACCAGUGUAACAGACUGCUCCAAGCCAUUGCAGAACACCCUGAGCGUGUGUUUCACCAUGAGUGGAUUCAAACAUAGUCUAACAGGUUUGGCCGCAAAUAUUAAUUACACCAUAAUGCUGGAUGCCAAGCGUCAGAAAUAUCGAGCAUAUUUCACAGCCAAAAACCGUCUCCACAAUGAUGCGAUGGACAUAAAAAUGCAGGAAACUUGCAAAAGUCAUGCUUUCCUCAUAGAGGCUUGUCCAGAAGAUGCUCUGAAUCCAUUGUCCAAUGAGUUAACAUUCACAUUUGAGGGUCUUCCAUCUAGAACAAUGCAAAAUUUGAGGCCAGUACUGCUACCAGAAAUAAAGACCACCACAGACCACAAUCUAGAUUUUGAGAUAAACUGCGGAACUGAUAAUUUAUGUGUUGAUGACCUCAGAAUGGAUUUUAAUUUCUCUGGAUCUACAAACAUAGAUGUUGGGAUAAUGCAGGAGAUCACUGUGACCGUGUUUGUAGAGAACAGAGGAGAAAACUCAUACAACACACUCUUCAUCCUCAAUUACCCCUUUGGGUUUUCAUACAGGAGAAUCACAUCUAAACAGGGCAGAGUGGAGUGCGUGUCUCUGGAUGGUGUACAAGGAGUUAAACUAGGAGAAACCACCUGCUUCAUCAGUAAACCCAUCCUCAGAGACAACUCUCAGGUUGUGUUUGAGAUUACAUACAGUAUUAAUAAAGAAAGUACACUGGGCCAAAACGUGACGUUUAAGGCUAAGGUCACAAGUGGGAACGACAAGCAUUCAAACAGCAGUGAGUUUUUCAAAGAAAGGAUCAUUGGUGUCAAAUACGCCAUCUAUAUUGCCCUCAUAAGGCAUGAAAAUUCCACCAUCCACAUUAAUUUUACUUCAGGGAAAAAUGAUCUUAUGAAACCAGUCCAGCAGAUAAUAAAGAUUGAAAAUGACCUUAGAGAAUUAACUUUCAAGGUUUCUAUCAAAGUACCAAUGAAAGUUGGUGAUGCUGACAUCUGGACUAAUUCCAGUCUGCAAAUUUUUGGCUGUAGAAGGGAGAACAUUCAGAAGCCUGAUAUCACCAAUUUUAUGGAUAUUAUUAAAAGUCAACGUAUAGUGAACUGCUCUGUGGCGGUGUGUGCCGAGUUCAGCUGUGACAUCACUCUAAUAAAGAAUGAAAGGAUUCUCUAUAAUAUAACUGGCAAUGUCAGCUCUGGAUGGAUUGAGCAGACUGGACUCAGAGCUGCUGUUUUUCAGCUGGUCAGUUCAGCGUCUCUGGAUUAUGACAAAAACCAAUAUGUCUUCUUUUCCUCUGAUUCUGAACAAACCGCACCGUCUAUCCAGAUUAAUACUCAAGUAGAGGUGUACGAGGAGGCAGACCUGACUAAAGAGAUCAUUGGAGGUGUAAUAGGAGGACUGCUGCUACUGGCUCUCAUCACAGCAGCCCUGUAUAAGGCUGGAUUCUUCAAAAGCCAGUACAAGCAGAUGCUGGAGGAGGCUCAGGGGGACACAGGCGGACAGUCAAACAUGCCACAAUAAUCUGCUUUCAAACUGUUGGAAGAUGCUAGAGUAUUUGGUGUGAAACAUGAAUUUCAGCCUGAUUUUACAGAAAUAUUUACAUCACUUCACUAUUCAUCACCAUUCAUUUUAUCAGUAAGCUUAGUGAGUUACUUUUAUUGUGGUAUUUCCAAUAUUGCUUAACUUCCUUCUUUGUUAUGAUUACUGAAGAACAAUGGUAGAAAUAUUAUAUACCUUUUUGUAACGUUCAGACAGUUUGUUUUUUUGAUAAUAUGGAAGACUUUUUCUGUCACAAAAUAAAAAAGGUAAUCACACCUUUUUAUCUAAUCAUUUGGAGACAGUUUCCACAAUUCCAUUGCCUACUUUUCCCAAUUUUGAGUUUAUAUCACAUUUUAUAAACCGAAUUCUGAGUGAACAUUUUGCAAUUCUGUUUUUAUCUCAUUUGUCUACCAUCUGCACUUUUAUUUUUUUUUUUGGAAUCGCACAUUUAUAUUUUAUAUAUUGCUCUUCUGGGUUAAUCUUCCAAUGCUGAUUUUUUUUUCUCUUCUCUCCAAAUAGCAAGGAAGAAGCACUCACGUUUAUUGUCUGUUUUGGUUUUGUUUUAUGUGUUCCUGCCUCUUAUUUCAGUUCCGUAUUUGUUUCCAUGGUUUUUGAUUAAUUACUCCUCACCUGUUUCUGUUUACCCUAAUUACGUUUGAUAUAUUUACAAGUCCGGUGUUUCCCGAGUUCUUUUUUGUUUUGCCUUGAUGUUUAUUAAAUGGACUUUGUGUUGA